AUGCUUUCGAAACGAUGUCGGCUUGGCGCCACAACGUUGAACGGCAAAAUUUAUGUGUGCGGAGGGUAUGAUGGUGCUCAAUUCCUUAAUAGUGUUGAAUGCUUUGAUCCAGUGACAAUGAGGUGGUCACCAGUGACACCGAUGAACAUCAAACGCAGCCGUGUGUCGCUGGUUUCGAAUGCGAACUCGAUAUACGCUAUCGCUGGGUAUGAUGGCAUGUCGAACCUUUCUUCAAUGGAAGUAUACCGUGAAGAGACGGAUCAAUGGGAGUUGUCGACGCCACUCGGAUCACAUGAAGGAGGUGUAGGUGUGGGAGUCAUCCCAAUCCCGCCUAACAUGUUAGCUGGAUAA